AGGAGGAGGAUGAAGGAUGAAGGUUUCUGGCGCCGUCAUUUCCCUAGUCUUUUGUGUUUCGCUCCAAACUUGUAUAAAUAAUUAUAUGUAAAUGUUCUGGUUGAUCUUUGAUAACAUAUAAACAGAUGUAUUAUGGAUCGGAUUAAUGAGUGAUCACAGUCGGUUUAAAGUCGCUCUGUUGGGGUUUAUUCGGGUUUUGUGUCAGUCGGGUGCAGGUGGGUGCGGUUCAGAAAAACAUUCACUCGACAGAAGAGAUUCAGACCUUUAAUUGCGAUUAAAUCUCUUUUAUCAAGUCCAAACUUCAAACUGCAAUUAACAACAAUAUGAAGAACACGUUCAAAACCCUUCUGUUCAUAUCACUCUUGUGCGGUGUCUCGGGUGCAGAUGAAAUGAAGUCAGUGAUGGAGGGAGAUUCUGUCACUCUACAGACUGAUGUUACGGAAAUACUGACAGAUGAUAAGAUACUGUGGUGGUUUAAAGGUUCUGCCAUAGCUCAAAUCACUGAUGGAGGUAAGAUCAAGUUUAUGAAGGAUGUUCCUGAUGGGAGAUUCAGUGGAAGACUAAAGCUGGAUAAUCAGACUGGAUCUUUGACCAUCACAAACAUCAGAACCAUCCACUCUGGAGAUUAUAAAAUAAAGAUCAUCAGCAGCAACACUGGGACAACAGAGAAGAUAUUCACGGUUACAGUCUAUGAUUCCCCAACUGUGAUUGAUGCCGGUACAACUGAAGUGAAGUCAGUGUCAGUGACGGUGGGAGAAUCUGUUACUCUAAACACUGAUAUUGAACCACAUGGAGAUGAGCUGAUCAUGUGGAGGUUUGGAGAAAUUCUCAUUGCUAAAGUUGAUAAAGAGAACAAUAAGAUCUCAUUAUCUCCUGAUGAGAGAUUCAAAGGCAGAAUACAUCUGGAUCAGACGGGAUCUCUCAUCAUUACAGACAGCAGAACCGCAGACACUGGAGAAUAUAAACUAAAGAUCAGCAGCAACAGAGAGACGAAACACAAGAGAUUCAGUCUUUAUGUGAAGGCUCCGCCGAUGUCUGCAGGUGCUAUAGCAGGAAUAACUGUUGCUGUUCUGCUGCUCGUGGCUGCAGCUGCUGCUGUUGGUGUGAUUUACUAUCGCCGCUGGAACUCUGAAAUAAAAAGUCAAAAGAAGGAACAAGAAAGACAAAAGCCGGAACUAGAAAAACUAAAGGAUGAACUAAAAAGACAAAAGCAGGAACAAGAAAGUCAAAAGCAGGAACAAGAAAAACAAAAGCAGGAACAAGAAAGACAAAAGCAUGAACAAGAAAAACAAAAGCAGGAACAAGAAAGUCAAAAGAAGGAACAAGAAAAACAAAAGCAGGAACAAGAAAGACAAAAGCAUGAACAAGAAAGACUAAAGCAGGAACAAGAAAGUCAAAAGAAGGAACAAGAAAAACAAAAGCAGGAACAAGAAAAACAAAAGCAGGAACAAGAAAGACAAAAGAAGGAACAAGAAAAACAAAAGCAGGAACAAGAAAAACAAAAGCAGGAACAAGAAAGACUAAAGAAGGAACAAGAAAAACAAAAGCAGGAACAAGAAAGUCAAAAGAAGGAACAAGAAAAACAAAAGAAGGAACAAGAAAGACUAAAGGAUGAACCCAAAAAACAAAAGAAUUAAUAUAUCUUAAACCCGUUAACGGAGGGAGAUUCUGGGAAUGAUGAUGGAGCAAAUGAGUCUGAUAGUUUGAUGAAUAAUGCCGCUGCUGGUGAAGUGAAUAAGAAACAGGUCACAAGUCCUGUUUAAGUUAAAGAGACUCUCAGCAUCACUGCUGUAAAUCACUGUUACAUCAUCAACAUUCAAAUCACAUCUACAUAAACAUAUUUCACAUUUUAAUGAAUCUCGAUAAACUCGUCCUGUAAAAUGAGAGAUCAACAUCCGCUGUUAAACUCUGAAACUAAAGUGUAAAAAGUGUCUUUAUUUUCAAUUUGUUUUAGCCAUUCACACGUAUUAAUAAUCAAAUCCUGCUCUAUGAUAUACAGUUUUUAUCAUUUUAAUUGUAUACAUGUACAAUAACGUUUGACUCUCUUCUAUAUCAUGAGUGUAGACUGCACGCUUUAAAUAUCUAAUAUUAUAUAAUCCACAUAUACAACAUCAGUUUUCCUCAAAGUAUUGUGUUUUUAUUAAUCUGACACCACUAACAGGUUCAUGUUUAGUUUUAGGUCAGUGUAUUUUAACACUCAUGUCCAGUGACUUACACAUUGAGUUAUUAUGCUUUUAUUAAACACAUUAUCAAACCGCAAGUUUAUAUUCUUUUAGUCUUUUUAUUUGACUUUGCGAUGUGCUUUAAUAGUUUUCUGCUAUAUUGAAUAAGUGCACUUGUUUAUUUUUUCUGGUAAUAUUGAGUGUUUUUGUGAAGUCUGAGAUUGUAAUCUGAGUUUUCUGUUUUAAAUACGGUCUGAAUAUUUCUGCCACUAAUCACAGGGUUGGUUGUUCGAAUUCCGGCCCACAUGACUCCACACCCUUGGGCAAGACACUGAACCCCAAGUUGCUCCCAAUAUUAGGCAAGCACCUUACAUGCAGCUCUGCCGGCAUUGGUGUGUGAAUGUGUGUAUGAAUGGAUGAAUGAGACACAGUGUAAAGCAUUUUGAAUGCCGCUAAGUUUAAAAUGGCGCUAUAUAAGAGCAUUGAGAUACCAUUUAUUAUCUGCUGUUCUGAUGUGAAAUACAUACAAGCUUUUAACUUCAGCUUCAAAUAAUCCUGCCAAAUAUGCAUGUGAUGGAGUAGAAGUGAGAACACGUGCUGCUGAAUUGUGAAUAUAUUGUAGCUGUUUGAUAGAUUUAUAGACCAACAAAUAAUUACAAUAAUCAAUCCUAGAAGUAACAAAUGCAUGAAUAAACCUUUCAGCAUCAGGCAAUGUGAUACUCUUAAUGUGUGAAUCUAAUGUCAAAUGAGCAUCACAAAUCACACAAGGUUACGAAUAUGAGUAGAUGGAAGUACGAGACUAUCAUCCAUAAACAAAUUGAAAUUUCUACCUUUGAAUAUCUGCUGGUGUGCCGAUGAGAAGAAACUCUGUCUUUGAACAACUCAGUUUUAAAACAUGAUGGUGCAUCACAUUUUAUUUCCUCACACUGUUGACUUGUAGAGGAAACAAUAAUAUCGGACUAAGAGCUGAUAUAGAUUUGAGAAUAAGACGCUAUAUAAGUGCAUUGAGAUACCAUUUACCAUUUAUUAACCGCUGUUCUGAUGUGAAUUACAUACAAGCUUUUAACUUCAGCUUCAGAUAAUCCUGCCAAAUAUGCAUGUGUGUUAAUCUGUAUUAUGACCAAAAAAAAUAAA